AUGAUCGAGUCCCCUUGGAGCGUCAAGAGCCUCCUCGACCUCAUCUCCAGCAGCUCGGACCCGCAGUAUCACGCGCUCAUCGACACCGGCGCCCUGAUCACAGGCAUGACGAACCUGGAGGUGGCGAGCUAUCUGAUCGAGGCCGGACUCAGCUGGGCAGAGGGAGUGGUGUUCCUCGAUGAGCUGGAUAGGAAGAUGAUCCUGCUGAGGGACGGGCACAAGGUAGUGCCCCUGAACCAGUGCGACAUCCACAAGGCAAGAAGGUUCGCCUUCUACGAUCAGGUUCACACCACAGGGAUGGACAUACAGCACUGCCUCAACGCCAAGGCCGUCCUCACCCUCGGCAAGGACAUGACCUUCCGCGACUACGCGCAGGGGGCGUACAGGAUGCGAGGGAUCGGGAUGGGGCAGACGAUCCCACCUUUUCGUCAUCCCCGAAGUGCAGCAGCUGAUCGACGACAAUCUCAAGGUAUGCUAGGUGUCCUGGUGUUCCUAGGAGCAUUCGGAACAACAGAAACGCUCGGGGCUUCUGCAUUCACCUUUUCGGGGGACGUCUCCGUAGCCGCCGCCUUCGUCCCUCAAUGUCGCUGGUCUCUGCCGAGAGCUGCCGGUCGAGGAGUCUGCCAUGUUCCUGUAAGCAAGAUCAGCCUUGCACGCGAGCAGCAAAUAGUCACAAUGAGAGUGGGAGCGGUCAGGAGCGAAGGGGUUGGUCAGGCAGAACAACAGACAGAUCAUGAACAAUUCAAGUACUGGAAAGGAGACAAGCCGCUCCCUCGCAUGAAGCGAACUGAAGAGCUUCGAGAGCUUGAGAGAAUAUGCAGGUAUCUACUUCGCGAGUAUGAAGGAUAUGAAGACCUUCCCUUUACUGAUAGCGAGAUUGAAGGACAGAUCAUAAGACUCACCAAAGAAGUGUGGAUCAAGUUCUUGGAGCAGGAGAAAGUUGUAGACCAUGGCAAAGAUCCAAUGAGACAACCAAAAGAAAUGCGCGACAAAUUCUUGAAUCUCGUGAAAGCAAAAGGACAAGAAAGACUUCUGGCCACAAGGGAGGAGGCAGAGGCUGCGAUCAUGUCUUUCUGCUCGAACCGAAACGAACGAUCGAUUCAGCGCAGUCUGUCCUAUGUUCAGAAAAUUGCAACUGACUUUGCAACAUUCUGGGGAGAGGCACAACUGGAGAAGGUCUUGGCGGAAACAAGCUAUACCCCAGCAUUGGAAGCAGCGGCAAAGCGAAAUUCAACCGUAAAGAAUGCUAUCAUUGCCUGCGCAAUCUUGUCCGAAUACAUGAGAAUGAGCGACGCAGUCAGCAAGUUUUUAGGGAAAGAGAAUUUGUUGUCUAGCGAUUGGAAGCCAGAAGAGUGCAGCUACCAGGAGUUCGAGACUCGAAAGAUUGCGCAGUACGAGCGUUUCCGUGCGUAUCUGGAGCAAAAGGGUCUGGAGCAGAGCGAGGCAAAGAACGAGCUUGGGAGCCAAUUCAAAGUUGGACAGAUUGUAGAUUGUGAGGUAAAGUCCAAGGGACCGAUCGGCUACAUAGUAAGAGUGGAAGGAGAGCACGAUGGCCUGGUCUACUACUCCGAUAUCUUCGACGAGCCUCCGGUCAUCGGCGAGGUGAUUGAGGGGUGGGUCCUCAAGGUACGCGAGGACGGCAAGCUGGACGUGACGCUGAGGCCCCCGGGGGCCAAGGCGAAGAUCUCCGAUGGGGUGGAACGAAUCCUGGAGGUGCUGAACAAGGGGAAAGGCAGGCUGAGCCUCGGAGACAAGAGCAACCCAAAAGAGAUUUAUGCCAAGUUGGGGAUGUCGAAGAAAGUCUUUAAGGAGGCGAUAGGGCACAUGUACAAGAAGAGGAUGUUGUUGCUUGAACCCACUCAGAUCAGAUUGCAACCAGCUGAUAUGUGGCUCACUGGAGUCCAGAUGACAAAGAAAGAAAUGAUCUCAGAGAUGAAGGAAAAGAAAACCUCAGCCGAGAAGAUGAAGUCGGAAUCAAAGGCCGUUCCAGGCAGGGGAAAGCCUGCUGCUAUGACGUCUGCGAGUCACGCUGCUGGGAAGAGCAAUUCUGUUGAAGUUGCAGCAAAUGAGCUGAGUGGAGAGACCGCGCGCCGCAGGUCCGAAGUUAUGAAGAACUUGAACGAGGACAUCGAAUGGAAGAAGAAAGAGGCUGCGGAGCGGUUAAGGCAGAUGAAGGAACAGAUGGCGAGAGAGAGAGAAAAGCAGAAGGAGAUCUGGGAAGAGGAACGGCAAGCGCUGGAUCCUCGUGAGAAGGAGCGAAGAAAGCAGCUCCUUGCUACCUCAGGCAAGGGCAAGAACGGAGGACUGAAGGCGACGCUGGAGAAGCUGCGAGCGUCGAAGCAGCAGUCGGUCGCAAAGGCUCAAGGAAGUUCGCAGGAAGGCAGCGAAGCAGCUCGAGAAUCUCCGCCUUCAGAGCAGAGGGCCGCGACCAAGUCGAACAGAAUGAGCCGGCUCACUGCGACUGAGGUGGCUGACAUCGGAGCGGCGGUAGAGGAUGCGAUCAGGAACCCGCACAACAUAGUAGCGAAGAGGAGCAGCACAGACGUCGUUUUGGGUUGA